AUGGCCCCUAAGGUGAUGAUAUUCGCAUGGACGACUAUUCAAAAUGCCCUGCCAGUUGCUGCAGAACUGUUCAAGAAAAAAUCACUUACUUUAGCUUCAUGUAGCUUGUGCCUAAAUGCAUGGGAAUUCGUGGGACAUGCAAUGUUCUCCUGCAAGCAUGCAAGACAAGUUUGGAAAAUUGUUGGGUUUGCAUUUAACUACAAAGCUGCUGUGUCCAUGAAAGCUGAAGACUUUUUGUUUCAGUUAUCAGAAUGUUAUACCAAAUCAGAGUUGGAAAUGAUUUUCUGCACCAUGUGGUCAAUUUGGUCUGAUCGGAACAAUGUCAUUCAUGGUAAACUUGCACAACAGCCGACAACAAUCUUUGCUAAAGCUCAGAAUUUUCUCAACAAUUACAAGUCUUCACAGCAGCUCUCACUUCCUACUAGUUUAUCACCCACUGGCUUUCCUUCGACUUGCAAGGUUUGGAAACCUCCUCCUCCAAACUGCCUUAAGUUGAAUGUAGAUGUUGCUUUCAAUGCAGCUUGUCAUAAGAUUGGUUUUGGAUCUAUAAUAAGGGAUUCCAAAGGCAUAGUCAAGGCUGCUAUGUCUCACCCUAUUAAUGGUUGCUGUCAGCCACAAGAAAUGGAAGCUAAGGGUCUCUUUUAUAGUCUAAAAUGGGCUAGACAGUUUAACUUCAAGGUUGACACGGUAGAAAUAGAUUCCUUGAUCCUUGCAAAUGCUCCCCACAAAUCAACAUCAAAUCGAUCUUCUUUUCAAGAUUUAAUUAUUGAUGUUCAAACUCAAUUAUCCUAUCUCCUUUCAGUUUGUGUUAAUCAUGUUUGUCGUGAUGCUAACCAAGUAGCUCACGGUUUGGCUAAACAAGCUUUAGUGUUGGAUAAUGUUUGUACCUGGCUUGAGGACUUUCCCUCAGCUAUUCUAUCUGUUGUUAUGACAGUCGAUUUCAACGUGCUUGCAUUGUUGUCACAAAACAGAGUGGAGGGAAGUCGUAUGCUAAUGUUGAAUUCUUUGAUGAGAGAAUGGAGCCAAGCUAAUUCAAAAGCUGUAUUGGCCAUGGCUCUGUACUUUGCUUCAGCAGAUGAUCGAGACACUGUUUGUUGCUUUUUAGAUUUCCAGGAGAUGAGUGAAUUCCCCAGGAAUAUGCAAUACCCUGAUAUGGAUCUUCUUGUAUCUAAGCAGGCUCCCCAAUCCGUAUGA